GCGACAAGUAGUUUCCUAGGCAUCUUGCAAUGCAAGAACAGCAGCCCUUCAGAAAGCGCCCCAUCUAUCCGUACGGAUACACCUGUUGAGUCAGGCCUGAAUCAGCACCGCCUACCUACAGCAAGUCCUAGCGUCACGGAUCCCCGCAAACUCCAUGUCCGUUCCUUCAGUUGCCGAAAGCGAUGAAGACAACUUCCAUCUUUUCUGAUUCGCCAGUAACAUCCCUACUUACAUUUGCAUCUGGGAGGAGAGAUGAGGACGACAGAAGAGACGGGACAGAAGCUGUGUUAGCGGAAAUGAGUCGCCAACGAGACACCGCCCGGGCGUCUCCACGAGAGACGAAGAAGUCGGCCUUUAGGCGGGGAGUAAGAAGCUCAAGUGAAGAUGGCCAAGCACAGCCGGGACGUCCGCGUCCACAUACGUGCACCUAUUGCCAGAAAACAUUUAUCAGGGCGGAGCAUCUGAUACGACACGUUGCAUCACAUGAGAAUCGGAAGCCAUUCAAAUGUCCCCCCUGCGGUGCUAGUUUUGGCAGAACGGAUGUCCUGCGUCGACAUCAAAAGAAGUGCCCAGGGAAACCUCCUCAAGGUUCGCCGAGGUUGCAACAUGAAGAGAGCCGCAUCCAGACCUCAACAGAAAACGAUUCUCAAGUGACCGUAGACGAUGCUUUGAUGCUGGAAGCCAACUGUCGGCCAGUUGAUCACAAUCAGCAACAAAGUAAAGGUCUGAUUGCUGCGGAGAAUUCUGAUGUUAUUCGGAGCCAAACAGAUGAGAUCAGCAUUGUGCAUCUGGCUGUGUCUCAGUCCGGUGGUUCUAGUCAUGAUGCCAUCGUAGUUCGCCAAUCAGGAGAUGAAGAUACCGCCGAAUCCGAGUUGAGCUCGCCUCUAUCGAACGCGGAUCAGGGUCUUGCCAUAAGCAAGGCUCAUGUUGCUCCGGAUACCACCAUCUCCGCUCAGCAAGUUAACGAGAUAGAUCGACUCAACCAAACAGCCUCUCUAGAUAACCCCGAAUCCACUACAUCUGAGAACAAUCCUGGCUCAGGAGAACAGCAUGUCGAUAUCCCCGACUUUUUGAUGCUUGGGGACACAUUCAUAUCUGAGAUCAACCCGGGCGAUUUCGACAUGAGGGGCGUCACAGACUUGAUGUUUGACUUUAAUGCCAACACCGUCAUCUCACCCCCUUCUGAAGACACAUGCAUCCUCUUAGACCCAAGUCGGCAUGUGGUACCAGUCUCACUAUUCUUCGACGCUCCCGAGAGCCUACCUCAAUACCGACCUUCCCGUGACACACCGCAUCUUUUCAGAUGCUCCGACGACGAUGCUAUUGCAGUCAACAACGCUUUCGCCAAGGCAAAGGGCAAUACAAUCAGUACCUCAGACACUGGCUGUCUAAGUCACAGUCAGAUUUUACGUUGGAUCAAUGCGUACUUCGAGCACUUUGACAUACAUACGCCCAUAGUGCAUCGCUCGACCUUCAUUAUUUCGGCUACUCCAGGUAGGCAACACAGCCAGCAGUCAGGAAAGAGACCUAGCUAACUGGUUGCCACGCCAUCUUGCAGCAUCUUUGCUUUUGGCGAUGCUGGCCAUCGGUGGCUGUAUUGUAUCAGAGCAUGGUCCUGCCUCUAAGGCCUAUGAAGCUUCCUGCCAUCUCCUAGCUCAGUACGAGCAAGAUCUCUUGCAGAGCUCUAUUUCAGAAUUGUGGCCGAUACAGACUGCCCUUUUAUGUAUUCAAUUCGGAGCCUUUUCAGCUAA